GAAUCUUUUACUUUCACCGCCGUCUCAAAUCUGAUUCCGGACCUUAACUCCAUAAUUCGCCAAAAAUAGCAUCCAAAGAGGUAGAAGGUUAUACCUUUUGUGGUAACCUGAAUUCCCCGAUGAAUCACUUACAAGAGAACUUAAUUGAACUAGAAAUUGAGGGCGAGAAUGUUUUACUGGCACGACAGCAGUUAGUUGAAAACGACAAGGAACGCAAUGGAAACAGGGAAGCAUUGACAGCAUUAAGGAAGAGAGCCAAAACAUCAAAAAGCAGCAUAGCUUCACCUUUCGAGUCAAUCAUGAGGGAUGUUGAGUCAAGACCAUUGGUGAGAGAAGUUUGUUCAACUUGUGGCAAUCAUGAUGUGAACGAAAGAAAAUGGCUUAUGUUUCCGGGAACAGAUGUAUUUGCUAGUAUUCCAUUUCAUGCUGUUCAUACCAUUCUGGAGCAAGAUCAAAACCAACUAGAUUGUGAAGCAAAGAAACUCCAGAGCUAUAUCAAGGAGAAGUCCUUUUGCAUAUCGGAAAAAGGAGGUCUUGCUGACAGGAUCAGCCCCAGCAUUCUUCGAUCCCUGGUGACCUUAUCUGAUGCACCAAAGAAAGUUGUGCCACCUAAAUGACUCCAUCUGAAUGACCUGUUCGCUGAUGACUACGUGCUCUUCGCCACUUUUUUCCCCAGAUUUUUUGGUGAUCAUUAUGUUUUCCCUUUGAAAUAUUACUUUGGAAUUUUCAGGAGGAAAAUUAGAUACUGAUUUCAAGCAUGAAGGACCGGUUCUUGUAUUGUGAUUCC